AUGUCUAAUAGAAUUCCUCUCAUCUUUCCAGGCCAGGAUGUGGACAUCACCCCUCGAGAGGCAGUACGAAGGAUCGGAGACCAGCUCAGUGUGCUAUGCAAAGUGCCAUACCCCAUCGACUCCUGCAGGAUGACAGUGGGUACCACGUCCUACCGGCUGAUACCUGAAAACCUGCAAGGAGAUGUGGUCUACACCGGCCAGGGCUUGAAGGCUGGUCAAUGCGGUGCCCUAAUAAAGAAUAUUAAGGAGGAAUGGAAUGGAAACAUUACAUGUGUUCUCCCGCCCCCCUCAGGAAACAUCGAGCUGGUCGGCUCCAUGAGGCUGCUUGUCGCAAGAGCCCCUGGUGAGAUCCAGCUGAACUCCUCGCCGCAGCCGCCCUUCAAGGAAGGAGAUACGUUCAUGGCGCAGUGUGUGGUACCUAAUGGAAGACCAGCUGCCAAGAUCACCUGGUUCUUGGGAUCGGAAGAACUCCUCCACGGCACCCAUCAGCCUGUCAUAACAUCAGAACCAGGAUCUGACCUGAAGACUAUCAGUCAGAAUGUCACCAGGACCCUAACUGAUGAGGACGACGCCAAGUUCCUGGUCUGCAGAGCUGAACACGAAGCUUUGGAGAAGCCUAAGGAAUUCAGGAUCCAACUCAAUGUUAAUUACGCUCCAAAACGCCAAGAGACGGGCACAGUCACAAUCUUUGGCCUCAAACUGGGAGCUGAAGGUAAGCUGAAUGUGACUGUGAAGGCCAAUCCUCCACCGACGGCUGAGUGGAGCAUCGGAGACCAGGUCUUGCAGGCACCUAGGCAGAGUGAGAAUGGAGAGAUUAUCGCACAGGCUCCCUUGUUUUUGGGCAACGGCUACUUCAACAUCACUCUGAUCCUGGCUCGCAUCACUAAGGAAGAUGUAGACAGGACGUACUUCCUACGAGUCAUGAACGACUUUGGAAGGGAGGAGAUUGCAGUCAGGAUCAGCACCAUGGACGAACCAGCUGCUCGGAAGGCGAAGUCCUCCUAUUUGGUAUUAGAUAUAUAUGGUGUGGAAUUAGACACGGGAGCUAUCGUGGGCAUCGUGGUGGCUGUUCUAAUUCUUCUCAUAGCCAUCUUCCUGGCUGUGUUUGCGUUCGCCACCGACAGAUGGUGCUUUGCCGGUAGAAGACAGGAGAGGAAAAGUUCCGGCGAAUCGACGCCGGCCGGGGAUGUGCUUUUAGAGUCUGGCAACCCGCUUCCUAGAACUAGCGACACUGAGAGUGCUGUGGGAGGGCGGGAGAGGUCGCGGCUGGCUGGCCUGAGUGCUCGAGUGAGGGCAGUCCUCCCGAGGGCCAAGGAUAAGGUGCAGGCUACUGAGGCGCAGACUGUUGAUGCUGAAGAAAAGCCUCUCUCAGACGACAAGAAGGGCGUAGUAUACGCUGAACUGGCGCUCGGUGAACAGACCUCAACUGAGAAACCACCCCCUCCAUCCACGGAGUACGCAGAAAUCGUAUACACAGACCAAUCGAAAGAUAACAAAGAAACCAACUAG